AAAGAAAACAACACGAAUUUUCCUGACACGGAAAGAAAAAAAAACAGAACACGAAUUUUCAAAGAUUUCCACAAGAUGUGUCUUCCAUGAGAUCGUUACCACGUCCCUAAUUCCUCUCCUUCAGACAAAUACUUUUUGCCUUCUUUAGUCUUCUUUCUUUGGCAUACUUUGUCUGAAACAGAAUAAAAAGCUUCGUCUUCGGUCAAACUCAUUCUAACUGUACAGUCAAGUCAAAGCUACAAGAUCUUGUUACAGGUUUUAGGGAAAAAUCUUCUGAACCAAAAGAUUCUCAAAUUUGGGUUUAUAAAAUGGCUUAUUGAGUUAUAUUUUGUUAAUAAAAUCAAAUUAUGGAUGGAUAUGAUUUGAGCUUCACUAGAUUGGUGUUUACUACGGCUUUGUUGGGUCUUUUAACGUUAUUGCAUAUCAAGGAAACUGCAUCAGCAUCAUUUGUUGGUUGUCUCUCUGAUAACUUGACAUACACAAAGCCUUAUCAACAAGGGAGUUUGUUCACAAUUAACGGGAAUCCUGUGGACAAAGCCCGAUUUUGCGAAGCUAUACGGUUUCACAAAGCCAAAGGUUGUAUCUUUGGGGAUUCUUUCGGCGAUGACAUCUGCACAGUUCACCAUUUACUAGGGAGAAGGUUUUUGGAAGAAAAAUCUGUGAAAGAUUCUGAGAGUAAUGAGGCUGGAUUUGAACAUGACCAUGUUAAAGUCAGCAUGGCAGCAAGCGGGUUUCUUCUCUUCUGUUGUGCGCUCUGUUGUCCUUGCUUCCAUAAGGAGAGGAAAGCAAAUAGUCAUGAAGUUCUACCCAAGGAAUCUAACUCAGUGCACCAAGUUUCCUCUUUUGAAAUGAGCCCUUCUUCUGAGAAGAUCCCGCCAAGUCCGUUCCGGGCACCACCAAGUCCGUCCCGUGUACCGCAAAGCCCAUCUAGAUAUGCUAUGUCCCCGAGACCUAGUAGACUGGGACCCUUGAAUCUGACCAUGACUCAGAUUGCUGCAGCAACUGGCAAUUUCUCGGAAAGUCAUCAAAUUGGUGAAGGAGGCUUUGGGGUUGUCUAUAAGGGCUACCUUGAUGAUGGCCAGGUGGUUGCCAUUAAACGAGCAAAAAAGGAACAUUUUGAGAAUCUGCGAACAGAAUUCAAAAGUGAAGUUGACCUUUUGUCCAAAAUAGGCCAUCGAAAUCUAGUGAAGCUUCUUGGCUAUGUUGAUAAAGGAGACGAGCGGCUUAUCAUAACCGAGUAUGUCAGAAAUGGUACACUCCGGGAACAUUUGGAUGGUUCUAGUGGAACCAAACUUAAUUUCAAUCAAAGGUUGGAGAUUGUGAUUGAUGUCUGCCAUGGAUUGACUUAUCUCCAUUCGUAUGCAGAAAGACAGAUAAUACACCGUGACAUAAAAUCCUCCAACAUUCUCCUCACGGAUAGCAUGAGAGCCAAAGUGGCAGACUUUGGGUUUGCAAGAGGCGGUCCUACUGACUCGAACCAGACACACAUUUUAACACAAGUGAAAGGAACAGUUGGUUAUCUAGAUCCUGAGUACAUGAGGACUUAUCAGCUCACUGCGAAAAGCGAUGUUUACUCGUUCGGGAUUUUGCUUGUGGAAAUACUCACAGGCCGUCGCCCAGUAGAAGCCAAGAGACCUCAUGAUGAGAGGAUUACGGUUCGAUGGGCAUUCGACAAGUACAAUGAAGGGAAAGUGUAUGAACUGGUGGAUCCGAACGCGAGGGAACGAGUGGACGAGAAGAUACUAAGGAAGAUGUUCAGUUUGGCAUUUCAAUGUGCUGCUCCUACAAAAAAAGAGCGCCCGGACAUGGAAGCUGUUGGGAAGCAGCUUUGGGCUAUAAGAUCCAGUUAUCUUAGGCGCUCAAUGGUAUAAGAUUUAAAAUAAAUGUCUUUCACAACGUCCAAAACACACAACUGCUAGACUUUCUUGUUAGAUAAUUUUACUUCUUUUUUACAAUUUGCCUUCUUCAAACCACUUCUGUUCACUGGC